AUGUCGAGCCGAAGAACUCACACCAAGUCAAGAACCGGCUGCAUAAACUGUAAGCGCCGUAAAGUAAAGGUAUACCUGAUGUUGACGACUCAUAGUGUGAUGAAGCUCGUCCUUCAUGCUUCCAUUGCAAAAGACAUGGCGUUCCCUGUAGCCUAUCCCUCCAUCUUUGUCAACCUGAGCCAUCCCAGUCCUUCAGAUCAGAUGGCUCCAUUCCCUCCACAGGAACUCUGGGCCCGUGACUGCGAGCUCAUGCACCACUACUGCACCGUCACCUCCAGCACACUAUCCAUCCGUGAGGACAUGAUACAUGUCUGGAACGUCGCUAUUCCCCGGUUAGGCUAUCAGAGUCCCUUUGUCAUGCAUGGAAUACUUGCCAUUGCUGCUGCCCAGAAAGCCUAUCUCAUCCCCUCCAGUCGGAGGAUAUACCUACCCCUGGCCGACUAUCAUCAAACACUUGGCUCCGAGGGUUAUCGCCAUCAACUACAGACAUUUGACUUGUCAAAUUGGAUGCCUGUAUUUGGCUUUGCCUCUGUCGUGGUCCUGCACAUGCUGACUCUCCCAACACGCAUGGAGAACCACACACUCGAGUCUCCCCUCACGAAUCUUCUUGAACUCGCCAGCCUCCUGAGAGGCAUCAAGACCACACUGCAGCCGAUCAUAUCUCGAGUUGUGAGGACAGAGUUUGCUCCAGUUGUCUAUGGUGUCUGGCUUCUCGAGUCUGAUGAAAAGUCAGAACCCUGCCCGUCUCUCGACAAUUCCCUUCUGCCAACAGAUACCUGGGACGCCCUUAAAAGACUUCGCGAUUUUCAAGAGGCCGAUAUCCCCUCGGGCGGCGUCAGCCAUUACACACACGCCGUCGGGCAAUUGGAAAUUUCUGCAAAGCUUUUCGCCUUUGCUGGCUUGUAUGCAGAAGCAGGAGCCUCCCUCUUCUGGCUGUAUACCAUUGAUGACAGUAUCUUUAUCGACCUUGAUGCCCAAAGGCCUCACGCACUCCUUCUCUUUGCCCACUUCCUCGUCCAUAUGGCAGCCCUCGAGAGAAGCUUUUGGUACGUGAGGGGUUGGGCCCGACAGACAAUGGUCAAGAUAGAGGAAGGGUUGAUUGGUCAGCCAAAGUUCCAAGAGUUGCUUCAAUGGCCCAAGGCAAGGAUUGCCGAGGCACUCGCAUUGACGUAG